AUGUCAGCUGUAGGUGCUUCACAAAAGACCUGUACUGAGGGUCACAAAUGUUUGUUAGAAAUACCGACCAAUCAUCAUCCAAAGAGGAAACCUUCGGCUGUGGAGAAGAUCAUUUUUAAUCCAAACGCCAGUACUAUUAUUAAGGCUGCUGACUUGCGAUAUCAGCUCAUAAAAUACCUCAAUCGGACGAAUGUCAGUCUUCAUAGUCCUUACGAGUGGGAAGAAACUACGGAAUAUCUUGCUUCCAAAGACAUCAAACCCGAAUCAAAUUUGUACAAGCAGAAUGUUAGUGCAAUACAUAAGUGCACUAAAGAGCUAAUGAAAAAUUACAAGCCACCGCAAAAGGAUCCCGAUUCGCUUAUCUCAGGCGAAGGCUAA